AUGCCCAAUUACACACACGAAGCCCCGCACACGUGGUGCCACAAGCAACUAUUCCGCUGGCACAUCGACGGGCAACUUUCUGCGGCCAAAGUUCUUGAUGUUAUGGUGACAGCCAGCCCAUGCGUCGUUGCGCGCAACCCUCCUUAUGUUGAUAAUCAGAAAGAGCCCGACACUGCUGUCACAUGCCUGGGCAGCCCUACUCUACAUGAACCAAUGGUCGUUAUUGAGGUCGGAUUUAGUGAACCAUAUGUGAGCCUAGUGGAGGACGUGAAACUUUGGUUGGAGGGAGUCAGGGUCCAUACCCGCAAGGUUAUUCUCGUCAAGUUUUUCCGGCGCCGCCUAGGCGCCGCUGGCAUAAUCGAACUCUGGGGACGAAAUUCCGCGGGAAGUGCGUACAUGAUCUGGAGCAACCGGAUUUCCCUGAUUCAUGGGCCGCCCGAAAGGCCUAUCUAUCUCCCCAAAGACGACCUUUCUAACGGCGCUGUUGACCCAGAGUCACGGAACGAUCGCCUUGAAUUCCACAUCCCUUCUCUGCGAAGCAUCAUUACCAAAAUGGGCCUUAAUCGCGUGGGGCUAACUCCGUUACCCUGA